AGAGAGAGAGACAUACACACACUCACAGACCUGGAGGGACACCCCCCCGCACAGAGAAAGAGGAGCCAAGGCUUUUGAGCGAAGUUUACAGCCAACAGUUAGCAAGAACUUUGGCCGAGUUCGGGAUCAGCCUGUCCUGCCCUGCCCUGGGGAGGGCAUGAGCGCCACCUCACUGAACGCUGCGGGGGAUUUGGUGCCAGGCGUGGACCCGGCCCUCUUUGUCAGUGACACGUUGCCGGCUGACAGGCGCUUCAUGGCAACAGUUGGCAAUGGUUACCUGGGCACCAGAGUGUACGACAAGGUCAUGCAUGUCAACGGCGUGUACAACGGCGAGGCGGGGGAGUGUCACCGUGCGGACGUGCCAUCCCCGGCGGGUGCGGAGCUGAAUGUGGCCGGGGCGGGGGCCGAGGACACCAGCUUCACUCUCAAUACCAGGACAGGAACUUUCUCCUGUGUUAUUCAGAGUGGGAAGUUCAGGGUGGCCCAGAGGAUAUUCGCGCACCGUACUCAUGUCCACCUGCUGGCCUUAAUGGUGGAGGCUGAGCGCCUGGGCAACUACACGGAGCCCGUUGUCAUUACCAUCAAUUCCACGUUCACCCCCCACAGCCAAGAUAUUGAGUUUGUGAGCGGCCCGGACUUCAUGGGAGCAAAAUAUAUCCAUGGACAAACAUUGACCCCUGAGGUGAAAGGUGGCCGGAAGCUAAGUGUCCACCUGCUCUGGACCCCACUGCCUGGGUUUCUGAGGCUGGAACCCGGCGAGCACAGCCGCUCGUGGGCAUUCCUGACAGCGGUGGCAGAAACGGAGGAAGGGGCGAGGAGGGCUUACACACAGGGGCUGUCCCUGGCUCAGGCCGGGACCCUCUACCCCUCCCACAUGGAGGCCUGGGCCUGGCUGUGGGGGCAGAGCCGGCUGGAGGUGACGGGGUCCCAGCAUCUGAGCCAGGCCCUAUUCGGGGGUCUGUACUACUUGAUGAGCAGCCUCCCCCAGGCCCACACCCCUGACUUCCUGUUCACAGGCCUGAGCCCGGGUGGGCUGCCCAACGGGGGUAGAGGGCAGGACUAUCACGGCCACGUGUUCUGGGAUCAGGAGAUCUGGAUGUUCCCAAUCGUGGUGAUGUUCCGGCCGGAUCUGGCGGUGAAGCUGCUUCAGUACCGUGUGCAGACUCUCGGCCCUGCCAGGGACAUCGCCCGACAACAGGGCUACCAGGGCGCCAAAUACCCAUGGGAGAGCGCUGGCACCGGGACCGAGGUCAGUGAUGCUGACAUUUACGGGAAAAGAGAAAUCCACAUCAACGGUGACAUCUCGUUCGCAUUCAGACAGUACUUCUACCUGACACAGGAUCUGGAGUUUUUCCGGAAUUGCGGGGGUUGGGAGGUGGUGGUCAGCAUCGCCGAGUUCUGGAGCAGCCGAGUCACGUGGAACCCUGAGGAGGGUUGUUACGACAUCAAAGGAGUGAUGCCUCCUGAUGAAUAUCAACCCAACAUCAACAACUCAGUGUACACCUCUGUGGUCGCCAAAUACAGCCUACAGUUUGCUGUGGAGCUGGGGACCAGGUUAUCCAAGCCGGUGCGGCCCGAGUGGGAGGAGAUCGCGGAGAAACUGAAGGUGUCCUUUGACCCCGAGCGGCAGUAUCAUCCAGAGUAUGACGGGUACACGCCAGGGACUGAUGUGAAGCAGGCUGACGCUGUGUUGCUAGGAUUCCCAUUGAUGUAUCCCAUGAACCCCGAGGUGCGGAGGAACGACCUGGAGAUAUAUGAAGGUGCGACGGAUCCUGACGGGCCAGCCAUGACCUGGAGCAUGUUUGCGAUCGGUUGGCUAGAGCUGAAGGCCACGGCCCGAGCCGGACAGCUACUGGAGAAAUGUUACAAGAAUAUCCAAGAGCCGUUCAAGGUGUGGAGCGAGAGUGCUGAUGGCUCGGGAGCCGUCAACUUCCUCACUGGGACAGGCGGCUUCCUGCAGUUCCCACUGUUUGGCUGCACCGGCAUCAGAGUCAGGAAGGACUGUCUAUACUUUGAUCCCAUACUGCUCGAUAACAUCAGCGAGCUGCGAAUUACUGGCAUCAGUUACCUUGGAAACAAACUGGACUUUGAGUUGACGAAGGAGCUGUUCACUGUUGUCCUGACCGCAGCCCCGGGCCCCCAGGUCAACCUGCUGGAAGCCGUGCUGUGUGGUUCAGGAGAAAGCUUCACAUUGUACAAAGGGCAACCAGUCUCUUUCGCUCCAGGACCAGGAAAGAUACAGAAGCAGACGUCAUCCUGCUGGUUGCUGUGAGCUCUGGACACACUAUUUCCUUCCCUCUUUCCAGGUCUCCCCUCCUCAACAGAUCAUAGCUCCAAUGGUACAAGCUGCACCUUUUAUCCAGUAUACACUCCCCAGGCUUGCUGAGAGGCUGCGGGCCAUACUCUGGGGCAUAUUAUUGACUGACUUUCGCCUUUUAAUGUUAAGGGUCUCUUCCACCUGACUUAAACAGCUCCUCAAGGCUGUGCAAUGUGCGCUGACCCUGUGGUUACACACUAUAAACUAUUGGUGAUCUGUUAUUCUCAAUCUCUUCCCAAUGAGGCAAAAUAUCAAUUUAUCUCUCAGCUAUUCUUUAACUACACUAUAUGAAAAGCGAAGGGAGUCUUGUCUCUCCUGGUCUCCCGGUGUGCUGCUGGCAAUCGCACAGAGACUUUACAGUAAUGAACUCUGCAAUGCUUUGCACUUCACUGGAGUGUCAGCCCAGCCCAGACUGUGAAUCUAAGCUCCCAACGUGCGGUUUGAAAUCUUCUGACUCUAUGGAUGGAGCUAGGCUGAGACCUAUUUAAGAUGGAGGAACCCAAACCUGAACAACACACAUCUGAUGAGGUCUGACCUGAGCUUGGUAUAACUUUUUUGUCUUUAUGCUUAUUUCUAAGCGCUCUAGGACGCUACCCCGCACGAGGGGCGCUAUAAAAAUGCAAGUUGUUAUGUUCCAGAUCUCUUGUGAUAAAGUGCACAGGGCAAUGCACAGCUCGCACAGAGCCAAAUUGUUAAUGCGCAUUUGGUUGAAAAUUACACUGUGUACACUGUGAGUUUGUGCUGUGUUCUGGUGUCAGAAUGCUCAAAAAAUAAAGUGAUAUCAGUC